UAGGGGGUGAGGGGCUGCUUGGUUGCUCCGGGUUGAGGAGGAAACUUAAUAUAUGGUUUGUGGUUCAGUCAGUGAGUGUAUCUACUGCUGUAUGUGUGAUAGGGUGGUAUGUGAGUGCAGUUGUUGUGUACCGUGUGGAGGAUCAGUGUUACGGUGGAUUUACAGGAGUCAGCAUCAAGGGAGGAUUGGGACUCGGCGUCUGUUCGUGCGUCGGCUGCUGUUGACUGGAAUACUGCUGUUUACUGAGAGCACACUUCAAGACAGUGGUGUUGGAGGAGAGUGGAGUGCGUCCUCACCUUGCUCCUCGCUCACAAGCUCACCCCCACCCCGCCCUGAGGAAGACCUCGACGACUGCUGCCCCACGCCUGCGCCCACGCCCACGGCAGAUUCACCCCACACCACGCCCUCGCCCACCACUCCUCAUCAUGUGCAUCAGCUAACCUGCAUGGCGCCCAAUGAUGGGUCGGGCGUGCGCAUGGGGCGUAAGGCUGGUCACGAUGGUGACCGCCUGAUGGGUGGGUUUGGCCCGGGCGGCCAAGUGGGCCACACUCCCCACAAGGACCGCCCGCCAGACACCGCCCACCUCCCGGUGCGGGCCACGCGCCGCAGUGCCCCGCACGACGCCGCGCAUCGCCGCAGGCGGCUGCAGGCGGGCCAGGUGCGCAAGCGGUCAGGCGAGGAGGUCAGUAUGGGCGCGGAAAGGCGCAUUAAGUUAGCGAGGCCAUCACCGCCACCCUCGCCCAUUAACGGCGUGCGACGCCUCAACGGCUGUGUCAACGGCGGUGUUAACGGGGAAGCGGCGGCGUUGUUGCAUAGGCUGGCGACGUUGACGGGGGCGGUGGCGGGGGAGAAGGCCUCUAGACCCAACAACCACGCCCUCAACCACACAAACAAUGGUCUCACUAAAGAUUCCUUACAAAACGGUGUUGGACGCAUCUUCGGGAAAAAUGGCAUUAAGUGUUUUAACGGGAGUGUAAACGGGCGCGUUAACGGGGGUGUGCGGCCGGAACGGGUGAACGGGGUGCGGCGGGUGGUGGGGGAGGAGUUGCGAAGGAAGGCAGAACUACACCACACCAACAACAACAUUGACCCCACCUCCUUGCUUCCCACCACGCCCACCAAAUUCGCCCACUCGGACGCCCACCUGCCCACCGGUGGGCACACGCCCACUCUCGCCAAGCGUUCAUCUCAGGGAAUUCCCCGCCCCACUCAGGGUUUAACUUUGAACUGUGAUGUUGGUAUCUCACUGCCCGCCCUCUCUCCCAGGGCGGCACACCAGCCGCCCUUGUCCCCCACGGCCGCCCGCUGCUCGGCUAAGUCGUCCCCUCCACCCGCCCACACCACUAAGAGCAGAAGCAGCUCGGCCAGCUCAGGGGCGGGGUCCUCGGCUCCUAGCUCUGGCACCUCCCCCCAAGCCAAUGUCCGUCCCCUCCGGGAAGAGGAAUUUCGGCAUGUAUGUGUGUGGCGUGAGUGUACACUGUGACUCGACCCUUGCAGCCACAUAGAGGCAGUGCACGUGGAGGGGCAGCUGGAGGCAGAGAGCUUCAGGUGUCUCUGGGUAGGCUGUAAGGUGUACAACAAGGCCUCGUGCUCUGUAUCGUGGUUGGAGAGACAUGUCCUCACCCACGGUGGACACAAGCCCUUCAAGUGUAUUGUAGAUGGAUGCGGCCAAAGAUUUACCUCCCAGACGGCUCUGGGUCGACAUGUGAACCAUCACUUCAGUGUGACUGCGACUACUCCGUCUCCUAGGCCUCCCACUCAACCUUCACCCUCUAAGUUGAUACGUAAAAAUGGACGCAAGUGCCGAUUCAGAAAAAAACCUUGGUCAGACUCAAGGGCUAAAGCUCCAGUCCCUGCCCGUAUGUUCGACAUGUUUGAUGUUGGUGUGAUGGAGUGUGUUCGAUGGAGACUUACGUGUGUUACACAAAUACAAAAUGGAGGUACUACGCAAGCUUCAGGUCAGAACUUCACACUGAGACCCCAGGUUCUUGCAAGACGGGUGUGUUCUAAAGGAAUGAAGGAGGUUCUUGUAAGAUGGUCGCCACCAGGAGUACUUGCUGAUGAAUGGGUUGAAAUGGACCAACUUGAAGCAACACGGAGUGUGCCCCUAGAGCAGCUAUCUCCAGAAGCCAAACAGGCCGUUACUCAGUUAUGCUACCCAAGUUUAGCACGACCUCAAAAACACAGACGCAAACGCCCCUCAUGUCCAAAAUCUUUAUCUUUAGAUAUAUCUAAAGCAGUGUGAUCUUAGGGAGAAAAUAAUUAUUUUAAAGACAAAAGUUAGGUUUUGAUCUCAUUCCAUUACGGAGUAACACAGUGUGUGUAUGUGUGUGGUGUGAGCAUUCCCCAGAUGUGUUUGAGGGAUGUUUUAGUGCCCACAGUUGGAGCUCAGAAUGUUAAACUUGUGAAUCCAAGUGAAUGGACCAAAUAUUGGACCAAAAAAAAUAUAUUCUGUGCAAACUAUUAAAAAAGAAGCAUGUAUCUGUGUGUACAGUUGCCUAUGUAUAUUUGUAAAUAGUGUGAGAGUAGAACAACCAGCAUAGUUUGUCCACUGCCAGGAGCUCUUAUACUAUUACUAAGUGUAAAAGGGUCAAUUGAAGUGUGUUAGGGUAAUAUACAUCAUCCUUGUGAGCCAACAUUGCUGCUCCCAUAAAGAUUUAUGGCAUCUUUACUCACUUCAAAAUAUUUUUUUUGUCAGAUAAAACAAGUUUAUAUUAGAUACCUGAAUUGUAGAGGUUAGUAGUUAUAGGGUCACAAAGACUUAAUACUAACAAUACAAUGGCUGCCAUUUAUCUGUAAAGUGGGGUUGCAAUGCUGAUAGAUGGCCACUUAAGAAAACCACCACUGCCAGACAUCAGGAACAUCUAAGCCAGACCAGACCACAAACAACAAAACGGGUGCCCAUUAUGUCUGAUUGUUUAUCACCGUAUGUAUGUAACACAGCCUUUUUGGUCAUAUCCUAUAUCCCUAAUACUGCAUAGCACAUCUGGUUAUGGCAGUUUGCACAUAAGGUUUAUGAGGAUUGCCAAUUUUUUUUUUCACAUUGAGUUAACUGUUUGUGUGUGUGAAUGUUGUUAUUUUGUUAUAUGUAAGUCGUCAAAGCUUUGGUCAAGAGUGGGGUCUGGCUCAAGAUAGUUCCUAGUAUGCCAACACUGCCCAUUAAGAUAAGAUUAUUUUAUUGUAUUUUAUAUUGUCUUGAUAUUUUACUUUCAUUUCCUGUCCUCAUUUUUUAUGUCUACAUAGGGUUGUCGUGAACAUUUUAUGUUAAAAUAUUGCAGCAUUAUGUACCAUGAUAUGGUAACUGCAGCUAGGUUCUUAGUGAUCCCUAUUUGUUUUCAGAUUUGUUCCUUGCACUUUUUGUUAACAUGUUUUCAUUGUUUAAUUUACAUAAUUGAUAUUAAAUUUAUUAUUUUUAUCAUUUCUCUGUACUCGGUUUGAAGCCCCAUUGCUUUAAUUAUUCUUGUACUUUACUGAGGGUCGGUGAAUACUUCUUGCCUCCCAUGCCCAACAUUGGUGCCAUAUUUAUAGAAAAAGUUAACCCCACCCAUACCAGUAAUACAUUUUCCCUCCUCACCAACAGACGGAUUUCAGAAACGCUCAAUGUGAUCUCUUUGUAGAAUGCAGGACUUGUUACCCUGCAAAACGUGUGAUUUGGUGGAAGGUAAUUGCAUGCAUAGUGGCAUGAGUUCAUACCAUAUCAAGCAUAAAUUAUCAAUUUUUUUUUUUUUUUUUUUAAUUACAUGGCUUUGAAAAAGUCGGUUGUUUUAGUCCACUGGAAAAUAAACUCUACAUUUUUAACUGCAAACUUUGAAGUUAAAUUUGGAUGUAUUAUUAGUCAAUAUAAAGUGUUACAAGUCAGACUGGUCUAGGCAUCAAUUUUCUUCUACCAAGCCACAACAAUCAAGGUUGGCGAGUUGGCCCUUUGCUGAGUCGCAUGUCAUACUAGUCACUCCGGGUUGUGUAGGGUUGUGAAAGCAGUACACAAACUUGAUACAUAAACUUGAGCUUAAAAAAUGUAUUUUGUACUCAUGGAUUAUAAUCAAUGAACAGCUUUACUUGUGAUUAGAAACUAUAAAGGAUCUCAGCAGUUGCUCCAGGCAGUGUAAUUGAAGGAAUCAAGGAAUGUUCAAUAUAUAGAAAUUGUCAUGUUAGUACAUAGAUUUGCACUCUCAGGUUUCUCAUGUGAUAUGUAUUACCUCAGCUGUUUGACAUGAUCUUUCACAUAAUAAAUGGGCAUUUAAUAUCAGCAGAAUCAAACCACUGUAUUACUUAAGGGCUAAGUAAUGCUAGUGAAUAGAUUGCUGUAUAUAUAUCGACAGCAUGUAACUUAGUUCAUAUGCACACACAAUUUGAAAACUUGACUUAAUUGAAAAGUCUCAGUAAUAUGAACUGUGUAUAUAUAUGCAUGUUUAUUGACACUGCUUUCCAACCCUGCAUCCCAUUACUACCCUGCUUCCUUCCUCCACCCCUGCCUUGGGACCCUGCACUUUCUCUGCCAUUGUUUUGAAGCUGAAUUGAUAGAGCAAGUGAAGUACAUCAUAUAUUAGAUUUCCUGUAGGAAUUUUGACAAAUAUGAGGAAUGUAAAAAAAUAUUUAUUAUUACUCAUAGAUAACUAGCUUGAGAGAAGUUAUAAAUGUCAUAUUUUAAAAUUCUGAAUUAUACAUACUCCAUGUCAUAUUUCUGAUGGCUCAAAAGUAGUUACCGUACUCAUAUUUUCAUUAUAUUCACUGACAUACAUAUACAAAGAUGUUUAAGGAUCUUUCUUAAUUUAAUGGUGCAAUUUUUUAAGAAAAAUCCUUAAAAUAGUUUUAAAAGUUUUUUUUCCAGAAGUAGUACCACGAGUGGUGGAGUGUGUGUAGGUUAACCCUGGGUACUCCAGGUAUAACCACAGUACAGUAUUCCCAUAUGUUAUCAUGUUCUUUACUGAGUUAAGUAACCAGUGAAUGGCUGUGACCUAAGCCAUAUGCAAAAUAUAUAUCCAUUUCCCAUUUUCAUUUCAGUAAUUUGUGACCUCGCCAAUGAGGAUUUGGUUAAUGUAUGUAUUUAUAUAUUUUUAUCUUUUUGCCAUUAGGCUGCAUUUAGAAGACAGUUUUGUGAGCACUCUGUUAUUCAAAGAAUAAUCAAGGCUUGGAUUAAAGUAUCAUAUACACUAAUCAAUUCAAAGUGAGGAACCAUUUGGAGAGAAAUAUGAUACCCAGAUAAGAGAGAGAUUUGUAUAUUUCCUCUUCAAUCAGACCAGUUGCUGAAGAGGAUCUGAGAUGGAUGCUGAAAUGUGUAAAUAUCUCAUAACUCUGUUUCAUAUUUCUGUUCAAGUGGUUUCUCAGAAUAAUUAACAAUUUUGAAAGCACAAUAGGGUUCAGUUUUUAUGUAGCAAAUAUACAAUUGCUGCUGCAUAACUGUGUCCAGAACUAAAAAUGACACUCAGAUGUUAAUGUUGGUACACUGCAACUAUCGUUUGAUCCGAGUCUUCUAAGUACAUUCUUGUUUUGUCUUUUGUUAGCUGUUUAUCAUUUUUACAGCUACUGUUUGUUAUUUUUUGUACUUUCCUACAUUAUAUACUCAUCCUAAGUGUCUGUAGCACAAUGGGAAACAAGGCAGAGUAGGUGAAACUGUAUUUAUUUUUAUGACUUUGAACAUGUGUUGGAUAAUAAUUAGUUGUUGUUGUAAGACAAAGAGAUGACAAGAGAGCAAUGGUCAUUCAGUGGAUAUGAUGAUGUACAUGACACAGCAUUAGUCAUUAUGGUACAUGAGGUUAUGAAGUUGAUUAGGUUGUCAAUAUAAGCAGUACUAAAAAUGAGGAUGUUAACAGAUUUUUUUUUUUUCCAAGGCUUAGGUUCUUCAGUACUUAAAUGAGAAAUACCCAGAAACAUUAGCAUUAACUCAGUAGUAAUAUUCAGGAAAGGGAUGGAGGUGAAUAUGGGACAGGGAUUUGCCUUUUUUCUGUAUGCAUCUAAAAUUGGUUUAACAAAAUGUUUUGUAUUAAUGAUUUUAGUUUAAAGUUUGCUAUUUUUCAAAUUUUUCAUAAGCAUUGUCCCAUUAUGUGCUCAAUUUACUUAUGAUUCUCAUAGUUACAUUUUCAUUGGCUAUACUCUAAUUUAAAUGGCCAGGAAUUUGUAACAUGAAAACCAUGACGUUUUUACCACUUCAAAGAAUAUUACGUAAGUUCACUAGAUUAUUACAUAAAUUCACUAGAAUAUUAUGUGAGGUCACUAGAAUAUUAUGUGAGUUUGCUGGAAUAUUGCAUGAGAUCACUUGAAUAUUAUGCAUGUUCACUCUAAUAUUAUGUGAAUUCACAUGUUCAGUGGAAUAUUUAACACAGGUUCACGUGAGUUCAUUGGAAUAUUAUGUGACUUCACUGGAAUAUUACGUGAAUUCACUCAGAUUUUGUGUGUGUUCAUUACAAUAAGAAACCUUUGUCAUGUAAAUUGUAUUGCUUUAUUUAUUUAAAAGUUUAUUCUCUUUGCAGAUAUUAAUGUUUUUAUGGAAAUCAUUUACAGUUAAAGAAUUUGAUUUAAUCUGGUGCUGAAAACUGCCAUUUUGCAGUGCUGAUGUACUAUAAUGAGAAGACACCUUGUACCUUCACCAGAAAAAUAUGUUUUAACUAUAGUUUAAGUAGGUCAAUCAUUUAUGCAGUUUUUUUUUUUUUUAUGUUACUACAUACUAUAUUAAUUGAAAUAGAAAAAAAGUUUGUUGGGAGAAAACCUGGAGGACUUGUAUCACCUACCAUCAACUAAAAGAAAUUAAUGAACUAUUAAUCUUCAAGUAUAACCUGAAUACCAGUUUUUGUUAUUAGUUUAAAAAGAUGAUUCGUUUUCACCACAGAUUAUUUCAAAUGGCCAUUUUUUCUUUAAUCCCCAUAAUUUUGCUACAAUUAGAGCCUUGGCCACAGCAUAUCCAGUGCCUUUCCUCUGCAGUAAGGAACAUAUCACAGCUUCUUAUGUUCAGUUAAAUCUGUACUCAUCACAGAGGGCUGGAAAAAGCAUGAUGCAUAUGUAUUGUGGGUGCUGUUAUAAAAUGGAAGUUAAAAAUGUUCAGUUUUGAGCCAGUUGGACUGUAUAGCAAAUGAUACCCCUACAUUAAUUUAGGGUAUUGCAAUAAUCUUAAUUACAUUGACUUUCUGUUGGUGAUCAGUUACAGGUAAAGCUUCAUUUAUUUGUACAUUUUUAAUACCCAUAUCUCGGCACAUCAGCGCCCAAGACUUGCUUACUACUGUAGGUGAAUUGUGAGCACAUAUGUAUCAAAAGUUUGAUUGUAUCAUCACAGUAUGUUAUAGACUGGUGAUAGUGUCUCAAGUAUUGAAUUUUACAAAGUGGAGAUCUCACGCAUUUAGAUGUUUCAAUUUUUUUUUUUUUUAUGGUGGGAGAGAGAGGUUAUGUCUUAGGUGUAUUUUCCAGAUACUUUUGUUGUUAUAGUGAUACUUGAAACUAGCACUGCCAGUAACAGUCAGGUUAAUAUUAAUAAUAAGGGUAUGUCAGUAACAAGUGUGCCAGCUACAAUUACUGCCUGCAUUUGCAGAUGAUAAUCAUUUGUAAAUGCUAUUUCAUUAAACUCACGGUGCUUGCUUGUGUGAGGAACUGAAAAGUCAUUCCAUUGUGGAGGCUACUUGGAGCUAACACAUGAUCGUAAGCCACAAUUAUAAACUUUGUUGAAGCUCAACACAUCUAGUUAAAACACCAAAUACACUUAACCAUGUCAACACCUUAAUGUGCAAGUUUGACUCCCUACCUGGGAAGUGUUGUUAUGUUCUUGUUGUGAGAGAAUUUUUACUGCCAUGGUGCGCUGAUGUUGCUCGUGAUUUCGAUGAUCUCGUACACUGAUGAUUACUGUGAGGCUUGUUAAAGGUUAAUCACUGCCAAUGGUAGAAAGAAAAUAGUGUACCACUGCCUUGCAUACAAGUGAAAUUAAUGUUAUAUUAUUUAUUUAGCUGGACCAUGAUGUGAUAUAACGCAUGUUCCAUAACCAUAGGGCCAUGGAAGGUUUGAGCUCUUAAUUUAUUAAACAUGUGUAUAUGUAUGUGUGUGUGUGUAUGUUCAUUUGUGUGUAAGUGUAAUGAUAUAUAUUUAUAAUUAUAUUAUAAAUACAUACAUACAUACACAGGAGAGAAAGUAAGAAUAUUUAAGCAAGCAUUAUUUGGAUAAAGGUAAGAAGUUGUUGUGUUUAUGGAUCUAAAAAGAAAGGCAUAUGAUAGGUGAUCCAUGUGGCAGAUGUAUGGAAUAGAAAGUAGGCUACUAAAAGCAGUUAAGAGCUUUAUGCAGAGUGAGGCUCAUUUUAGGGCGUGUAGUAGGGAGGAACGCACUAUUUCCCACUUAAAAUAGGACUUGGACGGAGAAACAUGAUGUCACCAUGUUUUCUAUUAAUGGACCUGUAUUUAUAGGUGGAGUUGUGAAAGAAGUAAAUGAUAGGGUGUUGGGAAGCUCUUGGGAUUGAAAGAUGUUGAUCUGAUACAAAGUGAGAGUUAUCCAUUUGCUCUCUGUUAAUGACAGUUUUGUUAGGGGAUUCUGAAAUCUAAUUACAAACAUUGGUGGAUGAAUUUNGGGGAAGGGGAUGUAAAAGAAGAAUUUAAAGGUGAACAUAGAAAAAAAAUGAGAACAGUAUUAAAAAAUCUAGGCAAUAUCAGAUUGGAAGGAGGGGGAUACAGAAGAAGUGGAUGUAUUUAGAUAUAUGUGAGUGCAUAUGUCAUCAGAUGGGUCUGUGACAGCUGAAGCAAACCAGAGAAUAGAUGAGGGGAGGAAAAAGGUUGGUAAUGUAUUGAAGUAUCUGUGGAAAGAAAAAAAAAUGUGUAUAUAUAUAUAUUAUAUAUAUAUAUAUAU